AAAAAAAUUUGAAAUGGGAGGAACUCAGAGUACAGCAGCUAAAGGAAAUGGAUAUCAUAUAUUACGAGUACAAGAGAACUCACCUGCUCAUACUGCAGGAAUAGAACCAUUCUUUGAUUAUAUUGUUGGAAUUAACGGAAUUCAAUUGAAUAUUGAUAGUCCAUUCUUUCAAGAACAAUUAUCACAAUAUAUCGGUAAAGAAGCUAUAUUAUUGAUUUAUUCUACAAAAGAACAAGAAUUUAGAGAGGUGAAAUUAAUUCCAAAUAGAGAUUGGACAAGUAAUCCUCAAGAUGGAUUAAUUGGUUGUAGUAUUCGAUAUUGUUCAUAUGAGAGUAUUAAUGAACAUGUAUGGCAUAUUUUGGAUCUUGCUCCGGAUAGUCCAGCAGAAAUGGCCGGUUUGGUUCCAUUAACAGAUUAUGUGAUCGGAACCCCACAUGCUACUUUACGUAGUGAAACAGAUUUUUAUGAUUUAAUUGAAGAAUAUUUAGGAAAAUCUCUUCGACUUUAUGUAUAUAAUGCUGAUUAUGAUGUUUGUAGAGAGGUUAUAAUCGUUCCAAAUCGUGAAUGGGGUGGUGAAGGAUCUUUAGGUUGUGGAGUUGGUUAUGGAUAUCUUCAUAGAAUACCAAAAACAAACAAAUUUAAAUCACAUGAACAAGAAUUUACAUUACCAUGGAAUACUUUAGCUCAUCAAGUACCUCCUACUAAUUCACAAUAUCAACAUUAUAAUCCUGAAAAUGAUACUAUAACACCAACAUUAUAUCAUGUUGAAAAUAUUAAUAAUGAACAAAAUGUUGAAUUUUUUACUCCUGCAAAUCUUCAGAUGAUUACAGAUCCAUCGACAUCAUCAACUAUUAAGAAUAAGAGCAGUGAAAAUGAAAAUAUAAUAACAUUAGGAAACUAUUCCGAUGAAAAUAAUAAAACAAUCCCUCAUAAUAUAAAUGAAAAGAAUAAUAAUGAUAAAGAAAUCAAUGAAAAAGAUGUUGAAGAAGAAGAAAUUAUUAAUGAAAAACAAGAAUAUUAUAAUAAUGAUAUCAUUAAUAAUGGUAAUAAUAAUAAUAUAAAACAAUAAUUUUCUUUUAACAUAUUUUUUAGUAAAUUUUUUUUUUUAAAAAAAAU